CUCGGGCGUCGUCGUAGCCAGCGCAGACGCAGUCGCGUUCUCAUGCCUGGGCCGGGCACUGGAAAGGCGGAAGCUCAGCUUCCGGUGGCGGCGGCCUGAGGGGCCUCGCCCGCUCGCGACAAUCUUACCCUUUGCCGCUCUCCUACGCUAAGCCCUGGAGCGGCCGGCGAGCAGACCGACGAGUGCAGAGAACUUGCUUGGCCAUCCAGCAACUAUGAGUCUGCUAAAUUGUGAAGACAGCUGUGGCACCAGCCAUCCAGAAAGUGACUGCUGUGCCGGUGUGGCUAGUGCCUGUAGCACUGGCACAAAGGAUGACAGUGUAAACGGGAGCACCAUUCCUGGGAAUCUUCCCAGCUCCUUAAGGGAAGAGAUUCAAGGCUAUGAUGUGGAGUUUGAUCCACCCCUUGAAAGCAAGUAUGAGUGCCCCAUCUGUCUGAUGGCAUUACGGGAAGCUGUGCAGACCCCAUGUGGCCAUCGAUUCUGCAAAGCCUGCAUUGUCAAGUCAAUAAGAGAUGCAGGCCACAAAUGCCCUGUGGACAACGCAAUACUGCUAGAAACUCAACUAUUUCCUGACAAUUUUGCUAAACGGGAAAUCCUCUCACUUACGGUGAAAUGUCCAAAUGAAGGUUGCCUGCUGAAGAUGGAACUGAGACAUCUAGAGGAUCACCAGACACAUUGUGAGUUUGCCCUAGCAGAAUGCCCUCAGUGCCACCUUCCCUUUCGGAAAUAUCUCCUUCACAAUCAUAUGGUCGUGGAGUGUCCACGGCGACAAGUGUCUUGUGUGAAUUGUGCUGCGCCAAUGCCAUUUGAAGAGAAAGAGUUCCAUGACCAGAACUGCCCAUUGGCAACAGUCUUCUGUGAGUACUGCAGUACCAUGCUCAUUCGGGAACAGAUGCCUAAUCACUAUGAUAUAGACUGUCCAGUAGCUCCAAUUCCAUGUACAUUCAGUACAUUUGGGUGUCGUGAGAAGAUGCCAAGGAAUCAUUUGGCACGUCACCUGCAAGAGGAUACUCUGGCCCACAUGAGAAUGAUGGCCCAGGCCAUUGAGAACAUCAGCAUUGCUGCUUUCAACCCCAAGCUCCAUCAGCGUGAGGCCUCUUCCUAUGACACCAGCCCCUUACCCAGAACCCCUUACCCUGGACCCCAGAACUUCCAAGAAACCAUUCAGCAGUUAGAGAGCCGCCUUGUGAUACAAGACCAUCAAAUCCGAGAGCUGACAGCUAAGAUGGAAACUCAGAGUGCUUGUGUGGGCGACCUCAAACGCACCAUUCGAACCCUUGAGGACAGAAUUGCAGAGAUGGAGGCCCAACAGUGCAAUGGCAUUUAUAUCUGGAAGAUUAACAACUUCGGGAUGCACUUAAAAUCCCAAGAAGAAGAGAAGCCUGUUGUCAUCCAUAGCCCUGGAUUCUAUACCGGCAAACCUGGCUACAAGCUCUGCAUGCGCCUUCACCUGCAGCUACCGAGUGCUCAGCGCUGUGCUAACUAUAUUUCCCUCUUUGUCCACACGAUGCAAGGUGAGUAUGACAGCCAUCUUCCCUGGCCCUUCCAGGGCACGAUACGUCUUACUAUUCUUGAUCAAUCUGAAGCACCUGUGAGGCAGAAUCACGAAGAGAUCAUGGAUGCCAAGCCAGAGCUGCUUGCCUUCCAGAGACCAACCAUCCCCCGCAACCCCAAAGGUUUUGGCUAUGUGACUUUCAUGCACUUGCAAGCCCUUAAACAAAGAACCUUCAUUAAAGAUGAUACUUUACUUGUGCGUUGUGAGGUUUUGACCCGUCUGGACAUGAAUAGCCUACGGAGGGAGGGCUUUCAACCACGUAGUACUGAUGCAGGGGUAUAGCGAGUGGUCCUGCCAUAUGAAAAUGGAACAUUGCCCAGAGUGAGCCAGCUCCUGUCCUGGGCUCAUAACAUGGUCUAUGUAAUAAAGGCCAGGCUUUAUUUCUGAGUCAGUACAAGGGUCACUUCUCUGAAAACCUCUAAGCAAUGAAACACAAAUCAAAGCAGUGAUGAAGAAUAUGUAGUAUUUUAUCACUGUCAUAAAUUCUGUUCCAUGAACUGAAAACCAUACAUCAAAAUCAUAAAUCCAAAGUAUAAAACUAUAUCACUAUCCUAUGUCCUCACUCCUUCUGCGACAGUCUACAUUGAAGCAGUUUUCCUCUAGGAAAUGAACACUUCCUCUCCUACAGAAGAAUGGAAUCUGUGUGGUGCCUUUAAUGUAUUUUAACUGUUUUGUUAGUCUAAGAAUGGCCUUGAUUUUUCUUAAAGUUAAGACGAUUGACACCAAAGGAUUUUCCCACGAACUUUUAAUCCAAAGUAUACUAUGUUAUUUAUUCUCCAAAAGUCCUGGUAGAACAAUUGAAAUCCUCUUUCUCCUCUUGCCUCGAUACUCAGAACUUCUUUCAAGUUGUGUUGGUAUGAUGACUUAGACUUAAACUGAUAAUCACUACUGCCUUACCUACUUAGAAAAGAGAAAUAGAGAUUUGAGUUCUCAAUAUUGACCUCUGUUUUAAGGUCAAGAGAUUUGGUGCAGAAUGCACAUUUGCUGCUUUUUUCUCCCAAGGAAUGACUAACUGCAAGCAAAAUGAUUUAUAGCAGACUUAGACUUUUCAAAAAAAUUUUUACACUGAGACUAUUUGUAUUUUUUAAAAGGACUUUGAACUUUGCAACAGGAUUUUCCCACUGGGCAUUUCAACAUUAGAGACUUUUAAAAAGUCAUUACUGAAUAGUCUUGAGUCUUAAUUUCAAUGCUUAUUUCCUUGCACAUUUAAAACAUUUCCAUCUUCUCUGUGCUAGAAGUUUUGGAUAUCAAGAGCCCUAAGGGUAAUGGUUCCUGCAUCUUUUUGUGAUCUGUUGCUUAGAUGCUGAUAUCACAUACGACAUCUGUGGUCACCUGCAGAACCAAAGUUUGAGGCUAAAAGACAUAUGUCUAUAAAUAUGUAUGUUGAAUAUGAUGCAUCAUAAGUGUUAUAGAAUGUAUUUAUAUAUACACUCACAAUCGCAAACUUAAUAAUAGCCCCAAAUUUCUUUGCAAAUAACACAGCACACAAACAGUGUGAGAAAUAUGGAUGCACACUGCCCAAUCAUUUAAGCCAGCAAUUCAGAGCUAUUUGGGAAUACCUUGUAGCUUAAUUUUACACAUCACUAACACAUUCCCUAAGAUGCUGUUAUAAAUUAGGGUUUUGUUUUUUUCUUACUGAGGUGGAUUUAAAAUGAAUUUUAUUUGAUAAUUUUUCAGUAUCCUUUUCAGAGAUAGUCCAAAAAUCACUUAACAGAAGUAGGAAUUUGUCAGUGCGGACAGUUCUGUAGUCCAGUAUUUGAAGUGGUUGCCUUAAUUCCUCAAAACUAUAGGAUCUGAAUAGGAGAACUUAAAAAGAUAACCUUGAAUUCCCUCAAUAUUUCUUUGCAUAUUUUAGGCCCCUUGGAUAUUGCAUGUUGGAGUGAAAUCUAGUUCUGAAUACUAGUUGUUAACUGCACGACUUCCUAUUACAAACUACUGACUCCACCACGAAGGAGCUGAAUUGAAUGCCUUUUGACAGGAUAGGACAUUGAAGCAUUUAUUAAAUGUUGAUCAGCUAGACCGCUAACCAAUUUUUAUACUUUAGUCUUGUGCCAAGAAAAGUAAGAGUUUCCUGGUUUGACUAAAUUGACAUGUAAAGCUUUGAGGCCAUAUUUGUGUCUUAUCAACUGACUGGGUACUGCCCUCAAAUUUAUACCUCUGUAAUAUCCAGGGCUUUGCUAAAUAAAGCUCCUAAUAUAUCACGUCCUCUUGGGAGAGAAUUGUCUAAGCCAGUGUUUGGACUGAGUUUGCAUUUUCCCUAGAGAAUAGAGAAAGUAAGAUGUUGGAAAUCUGUACAGUUUUGCUAGCAGGGCUAUUGAACAGGAGGAGAAAGGAGAAGAGUCUAGGAGUUUAGUUAGAAGAACUAUACUGUUGCCAUAAAACUUAGAAUUUUUUGCUAAAUUUAUCCAUCAUAUUAAAACCAGCAUGGCUUGAAAUGAAACAGGGUUGUGCUUAGAAAUCACUCAGGCCAUUAGUGUAAAAAGAAUAUAUAUUUUAUGCUCCACCAGUUGCUCACUCCUUUUUACAAAAUACUCCCUCAGGAGAGCUCCUCAAGUCUUUCAGUUUUACUAAUAAAUAUUUUAUAUUAUUGGAGAAAACUUUAAAAACCUUUUUCAUCUUCCCAUGUAACUUAGAAUCAGAGUUGAAGAGACCCACAGAGGCCAUUAUUUAAAUGAUCCCUUUGUGAAACACUUCUCUUUUUAUCUUUUUGGAGAAAGAAGUAAUAGAUCUUAAAGGCCCAUUCCAGUUUUGUUUUUCUUUUUUGUUAAAAUGUUUCAAUGCUCUUUGUCCAUGAUGCCUCUUUCUUUUUUGCCCAAGCAACUGAGUGUUUUCCAAACUCUUUAAAAACAAGAUUGAUACACAUAAUAAUCUUUUCCACUAAGUAGUUAAGACCAUCUGUGUUGUAUGUAGCUGGCUGAUCUUGAGAAAGGCACAUCCCUUUUGAGCCUUACCUCUCCCCCAGCUAACUGCCUCCCUUCUUAGGUGGUUGUGAGGAUUAAAUGUGAAAAUUUGCAAACUACUGUGCUAUGCAAAUAUAACUUAAUUAUGAAAAUGUAAUUGUCAUCAGAGGGUGUUUUUGUUUUUGUCAUAGAACCAUAUAGUUUUGCUUAUUAUAUUUAGUCUCUGUCAUUUGACCUUUUUGACUCCAACUGGAUGCCAUAUGCAGCAAUGACUGCAAAUUACGUAAAUCUUUAAUCACACUUGGGAAGCCAUCUUAACAGAAGACUUGUACAACCUAACAAAAGGUGCUUUUCCUUCCUUCUCAGUAUGUAUCACCUUUUCUCUAUGUUCUUUCGAAGUUUUUCCAUUCAUCAUUCCUAAAGCACUCUUCCUUGGUACUUUGAAAUGGCCAGCUGCCUGAAGAAAGAGUAGGGAUGGUCUGAUUAAAUCAGUAUAGACCUACAUGUUUUGUUAUAUCCAAGCAUGCUGAUGUGACCUUUAUAUUCAAUCAGAAAUGAAUAUUUGUAGAGAGAUGCCUAGCUGGUUUUUUUUUUUUUAAUAUUACCCCAAUCUCUUCUGUCUUAGUUAACAGGCUUCCUCUUUUUUUAAUUGGAGAAUUAAUAUGCCAUUGACUUUUUUUUAAUGAAAGGUUAUUUUCUCAUAGCUAUCAGAAUUAAAUAUAGAAAAGUAUUCUGGUUGGGGAAGAUCUGAAAAGUCUGUAAAAUGGGACCAUUCAACUCAGGCUACAAAAGACAUAUACUUUAUGCCCUAUGUCCUCCCUAGCCAUCUGGCUCUCCAAGGAGGCCCAGGCACCAAAGCACAGCUCCCAGUAAUGCUUCUAGGCUAUUUCUAGGCAUCUAAGAGUCUGUUUUAGUCAUUGUUUCCCUGGCCUUUGCAAAAUACCCCACCACUUCUCCAAAGGUGACAGAGUAUCAGAGAGUAGGUAGAAAGAUAUUGUGUCCCCUACUUGGUGUGCAGAGGAACAUGGAACCUUGCACCUUCUUGCUUCCAAUGGGAAAAAGAGUUGAUUGAUCUAUAAUUAAUUUCCGACAUAAUCAAAGGUUUUUAAUUUUCAAAGGUUCCUUUCAGUGGAGCCUUGGAGGGUCAGGUCACUUAAAUUCCAUUGCUAUUAUGAGGAUUAUUAUUUGAGAAUGUAAUAACUGGUAUGUAUAUGUGAGAUGUAAUUAAUUUAAAGGCUCCUAAAACUUGUUUAGAAAAGUUUUAUCUUAUAUAGCUAAUAUACUUUGGGAUUGUCUUAUUUAUUUUUGCAUGAAGAGAUUCUUUUGUACAUAACUGUGAUUAAACUAUUUGUUUUUAAACAAAGAUCAGCCAUUCUGCUGUUAUUAGUCGAGAAUUACAGUGAUAUCGAUUUUUGCACUCAUUUUGCAAAGUACCAAGGUACCCAGAUCAUGUGUCAGAGAGAUAAAUGUAUAUUGAGUAUUGGAUAAAGCAUCACACCAAAAAUCAAAGGAAUUUAUUCUGACCACUGAUUGUGUGACCUUGGGCAAAUGACUUCUGUGCUUUCAUUUUUUCCAUCAAUGACAUGGUAAAUUAUGUCAUCAACUUGAUAAAUAAAUUUGAACAAUGAAAUCACACACCUGUAAAAAUGCUUUAUAAAGCCUGUAAAAGAAAAGGCACCUUAUAAAUCCAGAGCUUGUUUUAAUGAUGCUAAUUAAAUAAAGUAUAACUAUACAUUGUGAGAAAAGCUAAUUAGGACAGAAGAGGAGUUGAUCAGCCUUUUUAUGAAAUGAAGCACAACACACCCAGGGCCAUCCCUUCCAUGUCUUCAUUACAUAAAUAUUUUUAUUUUGAAAGAUUGCUGCUUUAGGAGUUUCUAGCAUAUUAUAUAUACAUAUGCACAUACACUUAUGUAUGUGGGUAUAUAGAUAUUUAGAUCUAUAUCAAUAGACAUAUCUGUGUUAAAAAACUCACCAUGUAACUGCCAGAAUCUAUUUAAGUGUAACUUGUGACCCUUUACAGAUUGCUCAUUUAAUGUUCCGAUUUGGGGGGCGGUGUUAAAAAAGAGGGGUGUGGGUCCGGGUGCGUGUGCUGGCUUGGUUCUGUUCUGCCCCCACUGUUUUAAAAUGCUUCAAAUAAAACCUUAAUUCACUCUCAGGUAGUAAAUAAAUGCCAUAAGAGCCUCCCAAGAGGGUGGAGGCCAUUGUAAAAUUCAAGGGUGAUGUCAGUAUUGCGGAAAGGCUGUGACUGUUAUUGCCCAGAACAGGCUGGAUCCCUGUAAGCGCCAGCUGGGCAGGGCCUGGGCAUUUAUCUGCUGCCCAGCUAGCACCAAGCACAGUGGCUCCUAUCUAGCCCCAGGAUCUGAAGGGCGAGUAUAAAAAAAAUUGUCUGGAUGAAUCCAUUCCAAAUAUUUAGGGAGUUUUCUCCCCAAAUUGGUUUGGAGGCUAGGAGGAGCCCUAAUCACUAGUUGUCCCAAUUCUCCCCUCCCUUUGGUGGACACAAUAAGAAGCUCAUGCUUCUAGAUCUCCAUCCGAAGAGAACUUGGUGCCAUAGGAUUGGAUACUGAUGGAUAGGACGGAUGGACACUGACUCGAUGGCCUCCGUCUUGAGACAUUUAGAGACUGUCCUGGACAAGCAGAGGUCGUCCACAAACACCUCCCCGUCCUCCCACCCCCAGCCCACCUCACCUUCAUGAAUGUUUUGUGAUAAAGAUAACACAUACCUUUUCCCUGUCUCUCUCCUGGCCUGUCUACCGCACUAGUCCCACCAUAAGAUGUUGAUUGGCUUGUCUGUAUUUCCUCUUGUAGCUAAAAAAAGAACCAGUGUUUCUAGAAAAAUGAAAAAUAAAGUUUUAAUGUUA